CCAGGCCACAGCUGCCUGUCACUCUGUCACCCUCUGGCUUCCUGUUGGGGCCUCCCGGGUCCCUCCCCACAUUCAGGGCGUUCCUGUCCCUGACAGAGGGACCUGGACCGGGCUCUGCCCUGGCCGAGGUGGACAUGGUGCCCCUGCUGCUGCUGCUGCUGCUCCUGCUGUGGGGGGGGUCCCUGCAGCAGGAUCAAGGUUUCUGGCUCCAAGUGCAGGAAUCCGUGACGGUGCAGGAGUGCCUGGGUGUCCAUGUGACCUGCUCCUUCUCCUUCUCCUGGAGUUACUGGUUUUCCCCUGAGUAUCUCUUCAUCUACUGGUUCCGGGAAGGGGAUAACACCCGCCUCGGUGAGCCUGUGGCCACAAACAACCCACACAGACCAGUGAACCCACAGACCCGGGACCGAUUCCAACUCUCUGGGGAUCCCCAGAACAAGGACUGCUCCCUGAGCAUCAGAGACGCCAGGAUGAGUGACACGGGGGUCUACGUCCUCCGGCUGGAGGAAGAACACAGAAUAAAACACUACACAGAUAAGAAGCUGAAGGUGCAGGUGACAGCCCUGACAGAGAAACCCGACAUCCGCUUUCUGGAGCCUCUGGAGUCUGGCCGCCCCACAAACCUGACCUGCUCCCUGCCGCCAGUCUGUGAUGGGGGGAGGCUUGUCCAUUUCUCCUGGGCGGGGGCCGCCCUUGAUGCUGUGGACCCAGAGGCCCUUGGCUCCUCGGUGCUCACCCUCACCCCGAGACCCCAGGACCAUGGCACCAACCUCACCUGUCAGGUGAAACUCCAAGGAGCUCAGGUGACCACGGAGAGAACCAUCCAGCUCAACAUCCACUACGCGCCACAGCUGAUGACGACCAGAAUGGUCGAGGAAAAAGUCACAGACCUGAAUGGCACAUCACUGCCGGUCCUGGAGGGCCAGUCCCUGCGCCUGGUCUGUGGGGCUGACAGCAACCCCCCUGCUGUGAUGAGCUGGUCCCGGGAGGGAAGAGCCCCUCGCCCCUCGCAGCCCUCAGCACCCGGAGUCCUGGAGUUGCCACACGUGGGGGCUGAUGAUGGAGGGGAAUUCACCUGCCAAGCUCAGAACCCGCUGGGCUCCCAGCAAGUUUCCUUCCGCCUCUCUGUGCAGAGAAGCCCCCCUUCCUGCAGCUGUGUGACUGAGGAGCAGCAGGGCUCCUGGCCCCUGGUCCUCACCCUGAUCAGAGGGGCCCUGAUGGGGCUUGGCUUCCUCCUCGCCUAUGGCCUCACCUGGAUGUACUACACCAGGUGUGGAGGCCACUAGGCAGCAGUGCUGAGAGGCAGAACUGAGCCUCCCUGCUUCUCAAGACAGGGUUCCGGUGAGGACAAGGCGCCCAGAAGACACACACACGAGAGGACAUUGCAGUCAGCUUCUUCCUGGAAUCGCUCAACGCAAACCUUAUCUCCUUUGCACCCAUGAGCUUUGAAUUUGAGGAGGCACCUGUGUGAUGCUGUAGAGUCAAUGCCAGUGAAAGGAGACUUUUAUUUCGUAUGUGUUCCAGGAGUGGUGGCACAGCCCACUGGGCAGGGCCACAGGGGGAAGCACCAAGUAUUGCUGAGGCAGAAGGAGCAGGUGCCAGGAAGGCUUUCCUGGGGUUUCCAUGGAAAGGCAAGGCUGGGCAGGCAAAAUACAUUGGGAUGUGCUAGUUUGAAUAAGCCCUGGUGGGUUUGGGGCUCUGACGAUGGUCUUGAGUAGACUGCUACCAGUUCAGGAAGGAUUUAGAGAAGGGAAAUAGGAUCUUGGUGGUGGGAGGGGUAGUUAAGGAGAAUGGUUGAGGGUUAUGGGCUAAGGAUUGGUUGGUUUGCAGCUGAAAGGUGAGCUCCUGGCAGGGCCCUUUUCUGUCUCUAAGAAUUGGCUGACCCUGGGAGGCGGCGUCCUUCCCAGGCCGGUACAUUUUGUAAGAUGUCCAAGCAUCAUACAUACAGGAAAUAAAACAUGACUGUGGACUACACCCCCCAAGGAGUGCCUCAUUGUUUCUGAAGUGCCCCCCCCCAUCUCCUACCCUGAGUCUGCUUUUGGUCCUACGUCAGCCCUCCCCUCCCUGCUGCUCCUCUCUCUCCAUCCCCAGCCCGACCAAGAGGCUGAUCCUCUCGGGACCCAGACGUUACCUGGUUCACACCCUGAGUUUCUGGUCUCUAAACCUCCCCUGUCAGCGUGGACAUCUAUCCACAGUAGAAUCAGGAAAACAGCUUGUCUUUUUUAGUUUUAAGUCACCUGCCUCCUCAUAAUUUGUGUAAAAUACCACAUUUUUUUUUCUUCUUAGGGUCACACCUGUGGGAUAUGGAGUUCCUGGGCUAGGGGUGGAAUCAGGGCCACAGCUGCUGGCCUACACCACAGCCACAGCAACGCCAGAUCCUAGCUGAUUCUUCGACCUACAUCACAACUUAUAGCAACACUGGAUCCUUAACCCACUGAGCGAGGCCAGGGGUUGAACCUGAAUCCUCGAUUAUCUAAUCUUUGGAUUCUUCACCUGCUGAGUCACAACAGGAGUUCUGAAAAUAUCACAUUUUCUUAUUUAUGCAUUUUCUGAGUGACGUAGUAAUGUAAAAUCCACCUUACCCUUUAACGUCUCUGUGGGAAUUUCUGGAGCAAAAUUAUCCCUUAAUUUGCCAAUAUUUGGGUUGUACUACUUCAAUAAAGUCUCCUUGUUUGUUCA